AUGUCUAUACCUGCAAAUCAUAGUCCAACAUUCACGAAAGAUAAGAAGACAGAGGAAAAUACCCCAUUAUAUUUGGCAAAUUCAACGUCCAAGCUUCCCAAUGUUUCAUAUCACUAUAAUCCACAAGUAAGUCAAUAUCAUUUUGGACCUCAUCAUCCGAUGAAGCCAUUCCGGUUAAUGCUCACGGACCAUCUAGUUAUAUCUUAUAAAUUAUACGAACAGAUGGAUCUCUACACUCCCCGCCGGGCUACGAAAGAAGAGUUAUUGGAGUUUCAUGCAGAGGAUUAUAUAGAUUUUUUGCAGACUAUAACACCUGAAAAGACAUUGAAGAUGAGUGAUCAAAAACUAGCACAAUUUAAUAUAGGGGACGAUUGUCCAGUAUUUGAUGGGAUAUACGACUAUUCAUCUAUUUACGCUGGAGCAUCCUUAGAUGCACUGAGAAAAUUGAUCAGCGGAAUGUCAGACAUAGCAAUAAAUUGGUCUGGCGGAUUACAUCAUGCUAAGAAAUUUGAGCCAAGUGGAUUUUGCUAUGUGAAUGAUAUUGUUUUGAGUAUUAUUAAUUUAUUGCGAGUCCACCCAAGAGUAAUGUACAUUGAUAUUGACUUGCAUCACGGUGACGGGGUUCAAGAAGCAUUCUAUUUAACUGACAGAGUAAUGACAGUUUCAUUCCAUAAAUAUAAUGGUGAAUUUUUCCCGGGUACUGGUUCUGUUGAUGAAACAGGACUUGGAAAAGGGAAGAAUUAUGCAGUAAAUGUUCCUUUAAAGGAUGGAAUAGAUGAUGAUUCAUAUAUAAGACUAUUCAAGCUGAUCAUGGAACCUUUAAUAACGAAAUUUCAACCAACAUGUAUAGUACAACAGUGUGGGGCAGAUUCUUUAGGAUAUGAUAGAUUGGGAUGUUUCAAUUUGAACAUAAGGGCCCACGGCGAAUGUGUUAAGUACAUAAAGUCGUUUGGGAUCCCAAUGCUUGUUCUAGGUGGUGGUGGAUACACUCCUAGAAACGUUUCAAGGUUAUGGUGCUAUGAGACAUCUGUUUUAAAUGAUGUGACCUUAGAUCACACUAUUCCAAAUUAUUUGCCAACCCAUGACUGGUUCGGACCAGAUUACUCGUUACACCCUCAACUUGAUGGUAGGAUAGAUAAUAAAAACUCUAAGAAAUACUUGGAAAGUGUGAAGCAAGAAGUGUUGGAGCAAUUAAGAUACCUAACAUAUGCACCAUCAGUCCAAAUGCAAGAAAUUCCCCCUGACAUUACGGGGCUUACAGAAGAUGAAGAAGACAUAAUAAAGGAAUUGAAUUCCAUGAACGAUGAUAAGGAUGCAAGAAGCAUGAAUAAUAUAAAGGAUGAAGCCAGAAGUGGCGAAAUGGUUAACUAA